AUGAUGGCAUUUGGCGUGACCGACUUGAGUCACGAUGUAUUGGUGACGCCAACGCGUGCACAAAUGAACGACAUCUUCGAGCCUGAUGCUGCGGAAUCUCGAAGCGCGACAUCAUCUGGCUUAGCAAAGGUGCUUGCACUGUUCUGUGCUUUUCUGCUGCCGAGAACGUUUGCCUUCAUCAGCGUGGCUGGGGUUGUGGCCUGCGCCACCCUCUUGCAGCUGGUGGCCAGCUGUAGCAAGACGGGGGUCAUGGCAGUUGCACGUCCCAUGACAGUUGCGGUUCCCAGCAUGAACACUGGGCAAGAUGAAUCUCCGACCGAUGGAGGCUCCAUCUCGAGAUAUCCACGUGGAUUCUGGCAAAUGUGGGCACUGCAAUUUGUAGGCUGGCUAUCCGUGUGCACUUGGAGUUUCUAUUUCUCGAGUGUUUGGGCGCAGAUUCUUCAAGCAAAGCCAGGAACCCCUGAUUUUGACGCCGCUGUGCAGCAAGGAACUCAAUGGCUGCUCUAUGGGUCCAUUGUAUUCCUGGCCGCAGGUUCCUUCCUGACACAGCUAAGUGCCCCCACCGGUCUACUGGGAGGAGAGAUGAUGUCCAUGUGUGCUGCAGUCACGGUGAUGGCUGCAACUCUGGCUGCCGUGUGCUUGGCUCAUUUGAGCUUGCAAGCGCGAUAUGUUUCGAUCGUGCUGGUCGUGCUGGCCAUGCCCAUAUCUUACCAAAUCCUUGCCAACACCCCUUUUGCAUGGAUAGAGCGACAAGACGGCUUUGAUGCCAAGAGCCGUGGCAAAUUCACAGGCAUCUUCAACUCUUCACUGGCUGCCGCUCAGGCAACAACAGCGGUCUUGAGUGGACCAUUGACCGCCGCUUUCGGAGGGCAACUCUGGAGUGCAUACGCCGCUGUAGUGGUGGUGGACAUUGCACUUCUUGUCUUCCUGACCUUGGGCUAUUUGUGCAGAAGAUUGGAGAGGAGGAAAUUCAGCAGCUCUGUGACGGGCGCACAUUGCAUGUUGCCGAAUGGCAAACGCAGGCCAGCAACUGAGCUGCAAAAGAUUGCAGCGCAGCUUGCGGUGGCCAUCCCGGAGCUGGGCUGGAGUGUUUGCGAAGCGCUAUUUAUCCCGCUUCUUAUAGAGCUGGAGGUGCCAGCCGCGUUGCUGUCCAUUGGUUGGGCCAUCAGCCCGCUGUUUGGGCUUUUUCUGCAGGGCUACGUUGGCCGGCAGAGCGAUAUCCAUGGCAGGACGCCGUUUAUUGUGUUCUUCGGCGCCAUGUCAGUGGUGGGCCUCACUGUCUCACCCUUGAUGCCCCUCCUAUCUUCGAAGGCCGCAGCUGGCAUGCUGGCUAUGGUGACCUUUGGAGUGGCCGAUUUGAGCCGGGCGCUUAGAUGGAAGGAGCAAAUGCUCGAGGUAGCAACGGCGGUGCUGAGUGGACCAUUGACUGCUGCUUGCGGGGGACAACUUUGGAGCGCAUAUGCCGCUGUAGUGGUGGUGGACGUUGCGAUUCUUGCCUUCCUGACCUUGGCUUGGUGCAAGAAGAGUGGUUUUCGCACAAUGGCCGGGACCUGGGGCUCUCUGCGAAGCCUGGGGCUCUCCGCUGCAGCGCUGGCAGCGCAGCUGCCAUGGUGGCCCUUAUCACGAAGGAGGCUGACUUUGAGUUUGCUUGCAGGCUACCUGCUGAGCUUUCUGAAUGGCGACGAGCGGCGCCCUGGAAGCCGCCGCAGCUUGUUCCUUCUCGCCGCAGUUCAGCGCUUCUGGAACGCUGUGUUGCCGUUUUUCUUCAACGUCGACUGCAAAGUUGAGGAUAUUGAGGAACUGCGAGCUUGCGACCAAUGUGUCGUGGCUGUCCAUCCGCAUGGUGUGCUGUCCUUUGGCCACUACUUGUUAAUCUCAGGCUUCCAUCCAGAUCUGGAAAAAGCUCUUCCUGCGCGUCGAAGAUGUGCUUUGAGUGCCGGGGUCAUCUUCAAAUUGCCAGUGGUGAGGGAGAUCGCCCUUGGCAUGGGGUGUGUGGAUGCACAUCGAGACAUUGCGGAGCGAUGUCUUUGUGGAGGGUCACCUUCGGACUUGUGUCUUCACGACAAAAGUCUUUCCUGGCUGAGUCUGUCAGUUGUGCCGGGGGGCGAGCGCGAGCAGCUUUUGGCACAGCGCGGUCAGGUGGAGAAGUUGGUUCUGAAGCAUCGCCAGGGAUUUGUGCGGUUGGCCUUACAGCAUGGAGUGCCGGUAGUUCCUGUCUACGUGUUUGGUGAAGCUCAAUUGUACAAACAGUCCCAGUUGCUCUUCGGUCUGAGAUCCUGGGUGCAACGUAAAUUAGGUAUUGCGCUGGUCAUGCCCUACGGCCCCUGGGGACUGCCCUUUCUGAAGUUUCCGGAUCCCAUCCGCAUGGUGGUGGGCAAACCGGUGCACAUGCCAAGGACGCUCCACCCCACGAGUGCCGACCUCGAGCAGAACCAUGCAAGGUAUGUCCAGGCGCUGUGCGAUCUCUUUGAGAGGAACAAGGCUGCGUCUGGGUAUGGAAGCCACGUCUUGGAGAUUGUCUGAUGUUUGGCUGCCCAUCGCUUCUGGAAAAGGGAUGCGCUUUCCGAAGCAACGAGACUUCAGACUGGCUGUCUCGUCAACUUGCGGCU